AUGUCAGGUAAUUGGGAACACGGUUUAUGCGAUUGUACCUCAGAUAUGAGAGUUUGUUGUAUCUCAUACUUAUGGCCAAAUCUCCAAGUUAUGCAACAAAGAGCCACCGUCGAUGGUCGUCAAUGUGAAGUUGUUGAUUGUUUAAUCACCUCAGUUUGUUUCCCAUUAGCUACCUGUUUAGCUCGUGGUGCCAUCAGAGAAAAACACGGUAUUGAAGGUUCAGCCGUUAUGGAUUGUUUAGCCACCUGUUAUUGCACUCUUUGCGUUGUCCACCAAAACACCAUGCAAUUACAAGCUAAAGGUGAAAAACCAUCAGGUUUAUUCAUGGUCUAA